UGGUGUCAAGUAUCCUUGUAAUCAACCGGGUAUGUUUGAAACGUUUACGAAAGGGCUAGUCUAGUGGUGCUGUUUUAGAUCACACGCCGUGUCUAAAUGUUCGGCUACUUUGUAACACAGCUUUUCCUUUGGCUCCCGCAGUCACGCCUACUAUUGCAUCGAUUCCCGUUAGAGAAACAAAGAAACGGUUUUGCAGCAGGCGCAAUAGCGUAAGUUUGUAACCAUACUAGAUAACUGCUAGUUGUUGAACCAUUCGAACUCACACUUGGUUUACAAAUGAACGUCUGCAGCUACGUGAGCUUUUUGUUGCUGUGCACUUGCUUUGUGCAAGGGAAGCCUACUCUGAGGAAAGAGAGGGUCAUUCAUCAAGAUCCUGAAUUGAGCAGACCUCAUGAGGAUAACCACAGCUAUCGGUUUGACCAUGAGGCCUUCCUCGGCAAGGAAGAGGCUACUACAUUCGACCAGCUGACACCAGAGGAGAGUAAGGACAGGCUAGGGAGAAUAGUGGAGCGCAUUGACAGCGACCAAAAUGGCUACAUUACCAUGGAGGAGCUGAAGGCCUGGAUCAAGAGGGUCCAGAAACGUUACGUCUAUGAAAAUGUGGCUAAGGUGUGGGCUGAUUAUGACCUGAACAAAGACGACAAGAUCUCGUGGGAUGAGUACAAAAAGGCCACCUAUGGCUACUAUCUGGCAAACCCUGAGGACUUUGAAGAUGACAAAGACCAGUUCAGCUUCAAGAAGAUGCUUCCACGCGACGAGAGACGGUUCAGGUCAGCUGACUUGGAUGGUGACCUGGUGGCAGGACGUGAGGAGUUCACUGCCUUCUUGCACCCGGAAGAGUUCGAUCACAUGAAGGACAUUGUGGUCCUAGAAACACUGGAGGACAUUGACAAAAAUGGAGAUGGAUAUGUGGACGAAGACGAAUAUAUCGCCGACAUGUUUGCCCACGAAGAAGGAGGUCCCGAACCGGACUGGGUCAGGACCGAGCGGGACCAGUUCUCUGACUUCCGGGACCUGAAUAAGGACGGGAAGAUGGACAUGGAGGAGAUCCAGCACUGGAUCCUACCAAAGGACUACGAUCACGCCCAAGCAGAAGCACGACAUCUGGUCUACGAGUCGGACACUGACAAGGACCAGAUGCUCACAAGAGAGGAGAUCUUGGAGAACUGGAACAUGUUUGUGGGCAGCCAGGCCACCAACUAUGGAGAAGACCUGACCAGGGACCAUGAUGAGCUGUGAGCGCCACAUCACACACUAGGGCUGUAAUGAUACACGAAACCCACGAAACAGUAGACAGUCUGCGCAUCACAAUUUCUCGGUUCGAUACAAUAUCGUUACAGCCCACAUACACACAGACACAGAGGAAGAAGGCCAGGGGCCACCAAGACCUGAGGCCCCAGGAGUGAUCACCACAGCUGCGUGCUCUUGCUACAGGUUCAGUCCUGGGAGACUCUUACAAGCCACUCUGGUGAUAUUAAACACACACUCUGGGCCUUUGGGUGACAGAGGCUCACUGAACACACACACACACACACACACACACACACACACACACACACACACACACACACACACACACACACACACACAGACACACACAGACACACACACACACACACACGUCUGCUCAAACACAAAGGCAGACAGAACUGCCCAAGCAAACAAACACUCCCAAACACGCCCCUCCCCAAAAUAACACACAAACACAAAAACGCACAACAGGCACUCUGAACAUCUCUGAGCUGCAGAUGGGACGCCCUGGAGACAUAGCUCUACUCCUCCUGACUGACUGCAGGGCUACCUCAGAGGAACCAGGGACACAAAGGCCCCCCUCUUAUCUCCUCUCCAUCAUACCUGAGCUCCCUUAACCAGGCCAUGCCCUCCUGGUGAUGCCAGUCAGGUCAAGAGCAAUGCAAGUACUUUCUUGGGGCAACUCCCCCCACUUUGUCGGGAAGCAAACAACCAUUAGCAAGCCAAGGGAGGCUUGUUAACCAUGCAGUUUGGGAAAUGUUAAUUGUUAUGCUCUUGGUCAGACCAAGUCUCGAAGAGACUUGAAAGUCGAUGAUAAUCAGGCUACCCUAACCUGCAUCAGGAGCCAGCCCAAGUGGAUAUGGGGGGGAUCUGACCGCAUGUGUGACCUACGUACCUACUGAUUCAACUGCCUCGACAGUCAUGACUCUUAGAGAUUCAACUAAAAAAAGUGUUGUUGUUAUUAUUAUAAGUUCUUCAAAGUAUUUCAAGAAAAAACCCUAUUCUUAAUAGCUACACAAUGUCACAGUUCUUUGGUUUUGUGUGUUUGUAGGUUGGAAUAUGUUUGAAGUUUGAAUAAGAUGUAUGUCAAAAACUCUGCCUGAUUUGUGCCGGCCAGUAGACACGCGCAAAUCAGGAAGUACACCUGUACUCUUAGCGUAAUUUAUUUAGUUGUUGAGUUUGAAAAGAUGUGAACUACGGGGCGGAUGAGAUUUCAACUGUCGCUUGUAGUAAUGAAUGUGACAAGAUGUAUCGUUAUUUAUAAGAUUUGCUGUUUUUUAAAGAGUUCAACAUCCUGCAUUGUCCAGUCAAAAAAUUGACCUCCAUAGUCAAUGGCUAAAGCUGCCUGAAAUUAUACUAACCAAAUUGUCUUAAGGACGUAUCCUUUGCACGUGAUUUUUGUCUGUAUUUCACAAGCAGUUAAUUUGUUUAGUCUUAUAGUUUCUAUUUCAAUGCCUUUUUUGAAGUACUUAAUGGCUUGCAUGGGCAACUGUUACCAAUGUAAUUUCUUACAAAAAUAUGUGAUAGCACAUGAGCCUUAUAAUGUAAGUGAAUAGUUUUGUGCUGUCUGUUACGGAUAUGGCUUAGAAGCCAUGGAGCGAAAUAACUUGAAUUUUCAGAAGCAGGGGCUGUCUUUGCUUUGAGCAUACCUUGGUGCUUUCAAGUGAAAACGUCGCCCUCCAUUCCCCUCGCCCCAUUACACUACAUUCUGUUUUAUGUACUUAUAAACCAUCCCGAUUUUAUAUGAAAAGAAACUUGUUUCUGUCUUCA